AUGGUGUCCCUUAACUUGAACGAGUGUAACAGAGUAACAGUGACAGAUAGGCUACAAAGAAUACAGUCACAGGAAGGCUUGUCUCUACAUUUCAAUGUAAAGCCAUGGGGACUAAGACAAUCAAAUUUAACCAACACCCCAUUACAAUCAAAUAUACAAAAAUUAGACUUUUCAAAAACAUUAAGGGUAAACAAACUGAACAUUUAUGAAGAGAAUGAAGAAAUUCUUUUAAAAUCCAUUUUUUCUUGCAUAAUGCAUCAACUUAAUGCUGAAGUUCCAAAAACACAAGUCCCAUCAAAAGCAACCUUAAAAUCAAAACUUUCAAGCACCACAGUAGAGAAAGCAUCAAAUAAAGUUAGUAGUCCAGAGGGUCAACCUCCAAAGGCAAAGGGACUUAAUGUGCAAAUUGGGGGAAGAAAAGAGUAUCAACCAAAAAGUAGAGGCAAGACUCUUCCAGCAUCUGCUUCCAAUCUUCCAAUAGAUAUACAUCAGAUUGUAUCCUCAUUGGUAAAGAAAGUGGUAACGUCAGUAGAUAGUCUGGGGUACCACACUUCAACUACAGAAAAGGGAGAACAGCAAGAAAUAAAUUUACACAAAGCUCUUCCAAAGCUCACAUCUCACUCCAAAGCAGAUCUACUUCAGAUUAAUAUGCCAGUGCAACAAGGAAAGGGAGGUGCUGUGAACACUACAUACUGGGAUUAUUCCACUUCACAGAAUACAGCAGCAUUACAGCAAGUGUAUGUUACAGAUGGAAACGCUAGAAUUAAAAAGGGAACUGAGCCACAGCGUCUGGCAGUCUCCGCUGAGAAUGUGGAGGAACAUUUAUCUUAUACCCCACUUUGUCUACAGCUCCAGCCAUGUUUAAUGCAUGAGAAAGAGCAAGCAUUAUCUGCAGUAGGCAACAUGUCAAGCAAGACAAAAGCAGCAUACUUGUCCCCUAAAGAUCGUCUGAGUGCUAUAUGUCAAUAUGGGCAGGAAUCUACUGCACCCCCAGUUACUCCAAGGCAAUUGAGAAAACAAACUACAAUGCUGCUUUUAGAAUCAUCUGGUAAAACUACAAAAUAUGAGAGUCAUUUACUUUUAAAAGGAAAAAGAUCAUCAGAUGGGGCACAGGUAAUCAAGCCAAAUGGUAGCUCACCCAAAUUAGGAGUUAGAAAGCACAUGGAAACACAUAAUGAACACAAAGAAGCAUAUCUACCGAGGAUAAUUUUACGUUCUUUUUCUGGAAUUAUAUCUCUACUGUAUGAAAGUCAAAGACAGGAGGAUAGCAUGAAACGAAGAGCUAUGAAAGACAAAAUACGCCCCCCUAGAAGUGCUCUCACAUUGAAGAAUAUAGUUAAUGACCCUGCCUAUGAUAACUCAGUCAAUAGACUCAAACUGCAGUGCAACAUAAAAGAGAAAAUGGUCAAUGUGAAACAAAGCAAGAAUGAAACAGGUUUGGUUAUGACAAAAGUAUAUGAUCCCAUCCCUUCUUUACCUCAUGUCAGGAUGAGUUUCUCAAAUAAUGUAAAAAGAACAGAACAACAUACUUCACACAAAGAAAAGGACAGAGCAAAACCACUGGAAAUGAAAGGAACAAUGGGCCGUAAAAUUACUUUGAAGUUAGAAAAAGAUGUACUGCCCUAUGUCCUUGGUGGAAAGGAAUUCCCUUUGCUGUUGCACAGAAUAAAACAAGACAGCAAGGUGCAAGAAGAUAAAUUAGAGCAGAAACUGAUGAGCUCUUGCGUUUUUUCACCCUCUGUAUCACAGCUUAAUUUGUAUUCAAGAACAGAAGUAGGAGAAGAUAAGCCAAGAAUACUAAAGAGCUGCCCGAUGCCACCAAAGUCCCAGGCACCAUCAAAUGUUAAAAGAAUAUCCUUAGCAGACUCAGCUAUUUGUGAGAGUUUGCACACUGCACUGGAGUCAAAAUGUUUGCUGCAAAAGGAGGAGGAAACUGGAAAAAAUAUCGUAGACAUAAAAGUUAUACUGGACCUCAUAUGUACCGCCCUGAGGAGGAAGAACUCACCAUUUAGACAAAUACUGCAUGGAAAGAAGGCAGGGUGUGACAGUAAGAAACAAGAACUAGAGAUCAUGCAGAAGAAAGGGAAACAUAAUCUAGAUGUAGUUCAGAACAAAUCCUGGGAUUCCAUCUUUCUUUCAACUCAUGUGGAAUGGGAUUCCAGAACGAAGGAGAUAUUUGUGGAAGGAUUAAACCAGUUCUGUCUUCCAUCGCUGACACUCCAGGAAUUGAAAGAGGCAACAUGUAAGGAGCCAGAGAAACUGGACAGAACAGGUGACAAGCAAAGGAGAGUGGACAGAGAAGUAAAAGAGCAAGGGGAGAUGGACGAGAAAGGUAAAGAGCAAGAGAGAGUGGACGGAGAGAGGAAAGAGCAAGAGAAAGUGGAGGGAGAAGACGAAGAGCAAAGGAGAGAGGAUGGAGAGAGGAAAGAGGAAAGCAAAGUGGAGUCAGAAAGGCAAGGGCAGGAGAAGAUGCAUGAAAAAAGGGAAGAGCAAGGGAGAGUGGGUGGAGAGAUGAAAGAGCAAGGGAGGGUGGACACAGAGAAAAAAGACCUCCAGAAAGUAGACAGGAGAGUUGAAGAGCACAGGAGACUGGAUGGAGAGAAGAGCGAGCAGAGGACGAUGGACAGAAACGAUAAAGAGAAAGGGAAAGUGGACCUAGAGAGGGAGAAGCAAGGCGAUGUGGACAGAAAAGAUGCAGGGAGAGUGGACGGAGACAGAAAAGAGCAAGAGAAAGUGGAGAGGCAGAGGAAGGAGCAAGGGAGAGUGACCGCGGGAGGGAAGGAGCUGGUGGGGAGCACCCAGAGUGCAAAGACCAAGACGAAGUGGACAGAAAGGGUGAAGAGUAAGGAGUGCAUGGAGAAGGAGGGGGAAGAGGGACGCUGGUCAGAGAGGGGGAAGGGCAAGAGAGAGGGAGUGGAGAAGGGGAAGAGCAAGGGGGGAGGUGAGCAGAGGGCAGAACGGGAGAAAGUAGACGGAAAAGGUGGAGAGAAAGGGAGAGCGCAUGGAGAAGGAAAAGCACAAGCAAGAGUGACUGGAGAGAAGAAAGGGCCAGGGAAAGCGGGCAGAGAAGGUGAAGACCACAGGAGAUUUGGGGGAGAAAGGGAAGAGCAACAGGAAUCGGCCCAGAGAGCAAAGAGCAAGAUAAAGAGGGCAGACAGGUUCAAGAGCAAGGAAAGAGGAGAGAGCAAGGGAAAGUGGAUGGAGAAGUUGAAGAGCAGAGGAGCGUCGAUAAUGAAAGGAAAGAGCAAGAAAAGGUGGAUGGACAAGACGGAUGGAGAGAGGAAAGAUCGAGUGAAAGUGGACAGAGAUAGGAAAGAGCAAGAGGGAGCGGACAGAGGAAGAGAAGAGCAGAAGAUUGUGAAUGGAGGAGGGAAAGUGGACAGAGAAGUUGAAGAGGAAGAGGGAGUGCAUGGAGAAGGAAGGGGGCAAGGGAGAGUGAUUGGAGAGAGGAACGAGGGAGCAGAUGGAAAAGUUGGAGAGCGAGGAGAAGUGGAAACAGAAAUUAGAGGUCAAGGCAGGGUGGACAGAAAAGGUGAAGAAGAGAGCGAGGAUGCGGAGGAGACAGAGGACACAGGCAUUGAGGAUCAAGGCGGAGUGGACAGAAAAGGUGACGAGGAAGAGAGCGAGGAUGGAGAAGGGCAAGAGAACGAAGGAGCUGAAGGGCAAGGGAUAGUGCAAGGAGAGAGGAAAGAACAGGAGAAAGUGGACAGAAUGGUUAAAGAGCAAGGAAAAGUGGAAGGAGGCAGGAAAGAAAAAGAGAAAGUGGACCAAAAAGAUCAAGAGCAAAGGAAAGUGGAUGGGAAAGUUGAGGAGAAAAGGAGAGAGGAUGGAGAGAGGAAAGAAGAGAAGAAAGUAGAUAAAAACAUUAAAGAGCAAGGGAAAGUGGACAGGAGAACUGAAGAGGAAGGGAAGGUGGAUGAAGGUAGGAAGGAGCAGGGGGGAGUGGACAGCAAAGCUGUAGCGCAUGGGAGCACUGCUGAAGAUAAAGGGCCAGGAGCUGACGGGAAGAGAGAGGUGCAAGGGAAAGAGCAGAAGAAAGUAGAUGAAGAGGUAGAAAAGCAAGUAAGAGUGGAGGAAGAGAGGAAAGAACAGGAGAGAAGACAUGAAGAGGACAAAGAGCAGGGGAAACGGGAUCCCCAAGUGGAAGAUGGGAGGGGACUGAACAAGGACAGUGGAGAGCACAGGGAGGGGGAACAGAGCGAAGCCCAGGUUUCUGAGAAGAACACAACACGACACAAAUGUACCUCUGGGAAGACAAAGAAAUCCCUCCUUUCCUUUAUUCUGAGAACAAAGAAAUUGCAAAUAAGAAUUCAAGGGCAGAGGUGGGAAGAUGAUGAGAAAACACUGAUGCAUCUGAGAAAAACUUGUCAUUUUGUCACUUCAUUUAUCUCUAAACUAGAGACAUUAGAAGAAGAAAAAGAAGAAGAGGGAGAAGAGGACGAAGUAGGAGAAGAGGCGGAGGGGGAAGAGGGAGAAGAGGGAAGAAGAGGCACAGAAGGAGAACAAACAGGAAAAGGAGAGUCAGGAAUAAUGAGAUACCCUGCGCCAUAUUCUGUCCUCCAGGAAUCACUGUUUUCUGCACAUCCAGAGCCCACAGCUGGCCACGUGUGGCACAGAUUACCGCAGAAAGCAGACAGAGUACAACCCCCAGGCACAGAUGGCUGGGUGCGCCCUAAUGAUGUGCCAAAACCAUCAGGAACACCUUACAUGCUCAUGACCCAGGAGCACAGUACUCUGAGCAGAAGAGAAUCACAGUGGAGCAUUAAAGGAAACGCAGGAGAGAGGCAGGAAAGAACAAUAAAUUUGGGUGGGGUCCUGACAGAAACUCACCCUUCCACGCCCGCUCCGCCUCACCGCAGACCCUCUCCUCCAGCGGCAAAGCUUCCUGUGCCCUCAGGCACCGGGCAACACAGACCUGACGGUGCAGGGGAAGGCACUGGCUUGCACAGUGUGAGAGUGAAUGCAGAUCAGCACGGGCCAUUUGAAGAGGCCAAGGACAGGGCAGAAAGAGAAGGCAUGAAAAUAGUCCUCCAAAGCACAGGACUGGCAGCAGAGGCAUCUCAUGUGAUGUGUCUCCACAGGGAAAAGACACUGCUUGUGAAUACAAAAGAGCACGGGAAAGGCAAGACUGAACCAGAAACAGUUUCAAGGAAAACCUCCCUCUCACCUUCUCACCUAACUUCCCUGAGCUGGGACCGAGGGGCAGUUAAAAAGAAAGGUACAAAAGUAUCUUACAGCAACAGAAAAGAACUAAUGCAAUCCAUAACACAGGAAGGAACAAAAGAUAGAUUCAUAACAGAUAGGAACGACAAAAUGCACCCCCAAUCUGAGGAUCCAAAAGUAUGGAAAUCACCACUGUCACAUCCACUCAAUGUCCAGGAGUUGCCAUGGAAGACCAAAGAGCUUAGGAGAAAGACGCAAGAAGAUAAAAAUGAACUAAUGACACAUUUGACAAGCAGAAUUAUAAAAUUGUUCUUCUCAAAAUUGCAGUUCAAGGAAUCAUCUGAUGCAAGAACAGCAGCACCAUCAAAAGUAACUGCUGCAGAAGUUUCAAAUGACAUAAAAGAAUUAAAAGAACACAGGCCACAGAAAGAAAACAAAGUUAGAGAAGAGGCUAUGAGUCUGAAGGUUAGAGUGGAUCCCAACGAUACAUGUUGGAUGACAGAGAAAUCACCUAUUUUAUAUAUACACAAUUUAAAUGUCCGUCAGUGGGAAACUAAAGAGCAAGAGGAAAGCAGUCAGAAGGAUAAAAAUGAGCCAGAUAGGAUGUUGACUAAGACUUCCACUGUGAGAUCUACUCUGUUCCUUAAUAUGAACCCCACAAUCAAGAAAGAGAGUACACCAGUGUUUACAAAAUUCUCUUGUUCAAAACAGAACUUCCAGGUACCAUUGGAUCCUAAAGGAAGCAAGAAUAUAAAAACACUUACUGGUGCUAUUUUAACCAGUGUACAAAGUGGGAAACAAUAUAUGCCACAGAACCAGGAAGAGCGUGAAGCACAAAAAGAAAAGAGUGUAAUGUUCCCCAAACAUCAAGAAAUGAAAGUGCAGGAGCAACAAGAUGAACGAGGUGUAGUUGUGACGAAAUCUACUUUAUUAUCACCACUCCCUCACCACAAACUGGAGAAAGGAUCAGAAUUAGGUGAUAAAAUGCCAAAAUGUUCAAGGUCUGCUUUUCAGACAAGGUCAAAUGCCAGGGAAACAAUACCUACAGAGUCAAUUGGUGGUGUUACCAUGAAAGAUGUCAAAACCAAAAGCGAUCUGCCUCAGAAAGAAGAGAUCGAUAGAAACAAUAUAUACAGGAGAGGAACAGAUAUGGCUUUCAAGUCAAAAAAAUUCCUUCCUUCCUCUAAGCUCUACAGAACAGAACUGCAUAUGUAUAUUAGCAAACACAAAGGAAAAAAACAUGAAGAUGGGGGAAAACUGCAAGAUACAGCAGUUCUAAGAAAAGUUAAUGCUUCUUACCCUUCUCCAUUUGACCAUAAACGGUAUGAAAGUAAACGGAUACUUGAGGAGAGACUUAGAAGUAAAACAUCUUCCUUUCUUCCUGUACCACUUUCAGCAUUAUCAGAUGCAAAAAAAGUAGCAGACAGAGAGACUGUAAAUGACCAUGUAAGAAAAAGAAGCCAAUCUAUGUUACAGCAAGAAAGAAGGUGUGAGGCAGCGAUGGUAGCUCUGAGGAUUGGGGUACACUGCCAAGUGCCAAGGAGUUCACCAAUGUGGCAUAUCCUUAAUGCAAAGGAAUGGAUACUGGAUUUGAAGGUGCUGGAGAGCACAAUGCACAAAGAUAGAGGUGACUCAUGCAUGCUUGUGACACAGUCUUUUGUUUCUGUAUCACCCAUGCCUCUCAUUAACCUGGAUUCGAGGAACAAAGCAAACAAAGCCACAGCAGCAAUUACAGAAUCCUCUUCUGCACGGCAGAGAGGCCAAUCAUCUCACGUCCAGAAAUCACGUGUUCAGAAAAGAGCCAAUCGAGAGUCAGCGAAAGGUGAUAGUAAAAAGCUAGUUAAACAAGCAGAACACUAUGUGCCCCGCAAAAACGAAGAGCAACUGCGAACCUCAAACUUCAUGGUCACCGCCCAGCAAAGCACUGCACUGCCACACACUGAAUCAGGAAGAGAUGCACAUUCACGACAUGAGAACAUGUAUUCCACCAAAUCUGCUAUCAGAGGUGGGGAAAGGCUGGAACUGCGCUUUCCAGGGCAAAAGUCUCAGCCAGAAAAACAUGAAGAAAAAACUCUUGCUACAUUCCAUUCCUACCCCACAACAGACAAAAUAGAAGGUGAAAAUAUGAAGAAAGAAACUGAACUAAUGGAUAAUUUAAAGCAAACAGUGAGUCAUGAGGUUUCAGUUUCAUUUUCGUCACCACGGGAAACAUUCAAGGAACUGCAGGUUGCACUUGAUACCUCUGAAAAUUCAAAAGGAGUCUCUGUUUCAGAGAAAGAUGAUCAAGGACCACUCCAAAAAGCUUUAGAAAAAAGAGAAUAUCUUCUAGAAUUGCUUCGGAAGUCCCUUCAACAACUCCAAGCUUUGCUGCUUCAAUCAGUACACCUAGCAGAAGCAGACAAAAUAAAAAUGAGUAUCACUACAAAUGUGGGACAGAAAAAAUUAGAAAAGGACAAUAACAAUAUUGUGAAUCAUGAAGAAAGGAAAUUGCAGGACAAAUGUUUAACACAUCUUACUCCUGAAGAAAAACACGAUCUCAUUAAUCAUGUAGAGUCAAAAGCAGUUGAAAUAAAACUAAAUCAGAUACCAGAGAUAGCAAAAAAUUCCAUUCAAAAGUUUAGCUUUUACCUAAAACAGCCUACUUUUGAAGAAAACCAAUGCUUACUCUAUCCAAGACUGCAUAAAAAGCGUAAGUUACCAUCAUGGUCACCAAGGCUCCAAACGUACUCAGUGGAAGGAAAGGAAAACCUUCACAGGCACUUUUCUGUGAAAACAAUGGAGAUAAAAAUGAAUGCCUUUGCCAGAACUGUACGAGAAUCUUAUGAGAUGAUCAAUGCUCAUGAAAAAAUGAGACUUUUGCCUGAUGAUAGUCAUUCUUCUGUCAAAGUACCAAAGCAAAAAAAUGGGAUCUUUCUACUCUUUGAUGAAAAAUCCCUUCAUGAAAUAGAUCUUAAUUUACAACACAAAUAUCUCCAUUGUCACCUGGGCUCUUCUGCUGAAAGUACAUUGCCUAAGCCAAAGGCUUUCCCCAAACUUAUCCCUGAUUUAAACACAACUGGCUUACGUAAAAGAGCAGAUGACAGUGGGGCAAAUUGGUCUCUGCCCUGUGACACAGAAGUAUUACAGGAACGUAUUACUUCCAAAGAGCAGCAUUCCCAUGAAGACUCACUGCUUUUCCGCAGAGGACUGGAGCCAGCAUCGGGGUGUACCUUUGACCCUGGUCCACAGAGGAGUCGGGUACAGGAAGACACUAGUGUUCUUUCAGGGUUAAAAUCCCAUGUUACUCCAGAAAAACAUAAACACUAUCACGUAUCAUUUCAAGAAACAAAUACACAUAAACCUUUUCAUAUAAACACCCAGAAAAAUACUACUGGUUUGGGUGAUUCACAGUCAAGGAAGAUUUCUGAUUACUUGACUGAUUUUCAGGUAGGUGCUGAGAAUUCAGCUAUGUUGGAUGAGUGCAUGGCUCCUGAAGUAGACGACAGUGAUGAAAGUAUAUUUUUGGAAGCUAACACUUACUUAAGUCAUGAAUCACAAAAAAUUCUAUAUGAAGUUCAGAAUGGCAUUCCUUCAACUAAUCUCUUCACCAUUAAAGACAUCUUACCUUAUCUGAAAUCAUCUAACAGCAAAGAUUCAGGUUCCCCUCAUGUUAGAGCCUGUACAAAAUACGCCUUGAAUAGGCCACCAUCUUCCUCUGAGUCUCACAGAAGGAAGAACUACAGAUCACCCUCCAAAAUGCAUUCACCUGACUGGUACCAUUCCUCGGAUAUUCUGGACAUUCAGUCUGUGUCAUCUUGCAUAUCGUUCAGUGAAGAGAGAUUUUCAUGGACUGCAGACAGUGCAGCAAGCUACUCUUUAUCAAGUAUUAAAGUACACGUUGCAAAAAACCAAAGCAAGUCCCACAUGUACCCUCAAAGCAAAGAAAGAAGGAGCCCCAGAUCUAAUUUAUGUGGGAAUGAACACUGGAACUAUGAUUCCCAUUACUGUGAUACACACAAAAGCACGAGGAAGAAUAAAAUGGGUGAUUAUGGGCCAGAAAGAUCAGAUUAUUCCUGUUCCCAACGAAAACAUAAGUCACUAUCAAAACCUCAUCAUGGGGAAAUCUACUACCAUCCUGAAAAGAAACAAAACAAGCCCUUCUUCUACGCUUGUAUAAUAGAUUCGAUGGAUGUGACACCUAAAAUGAUACGCUGGAAUAUUCCCACAAACAUCUUAGAAGCAAACUUUAGAGUUCCCCAGGUGGCAAAGAAGUCUAGCACAUGGAACAUAUGCAGCUUGGCGAGAAACGCAGAGUCAUUUUAAGGAUCACUGAGCACAGAUAAUUAAAGUUGACAUACCUAUAAA